CGACCAGAGGCUCUGUGUCCUUUUUUCGAGACGUAUUCUUUCGUAAGAUAGUGACGAUAGUGAACAGGAUUUUUAAAUUUAAAAAAUAGUCUACCGAAUAAAAGUUAACUUGCUGAAGAUGUACACCAGUAGGGCGAAGAGGGGCUACCCUGCUACAGGAAAAAGAACACACACUUAACACACAAAAAGGAAACCUGAUUAUUUUAUCCCACCCAAACUAGCCUCAGCUGCUGACGCAAAACCGUACACUAGAGAGUUGAAUUCACCUUUCCUUCACCGAUAGCGCCAGGCUCGCGCUCGCGGGGUUUUUACUACCCACGGCCAUUUUCCACGAAAUAUACGCGCGUCUAUGUGUGUGUGUGUGCGCGUGAGUGGUCCGUGCGCAAGAGUGAGAAAGGAGCGUAACGCAAACGCUUACGCACAAAGGGAAAACACAACGCAGCAGCAGAGCAAGCGGCGCCAUUUUCCUUGCCGACCGGGGGGCGGCGGCAAAGACGGCGGUGGAAAAGCAGCACACAGGGAUUUUCAUUUCUCCGCCCAUCCAACGACCCAUUCCACGGCGACCCGGCCCGGUCGGUUUCGGGUUUCGGAAGGGACCGGGGGCCGAACGGCGCGUUAUUGGCAUCAAUCGGAACGAGACGGAGAUGAGUGAGUGCGAUACAUGUAUGGGUGGAAGAAGCGGUACCUAAAGGACGCGCUCGCUGGUGGAAAACACACACGCAGCGGCAGCGGGCAGCCGGGGAAGGAAACCGAACGGAAGUGUAGCGCGUGCAAAAUUUUCACAAUUUUCCACAAAGUUAAAAUAACAUUUUCAUUCUUGCCUUCGUCGGUGCCGGUCACACACAGGUCGUCCGGCUUGGUGUGUUGGAAGAGCCGUUCGGUGUGUGUUGUGUCGUUCGCUCGUGAGGACUCGUGAGGACGUUUUACAUCAGGGACAUUCUGGUGAAAUUUACUACUUGGUGUGAUCACUCAGUACUAGUUAAAUGGCCAAGUGUAACAUCAUAAGACCUAACCAGUGUGCAAAGAAAAUGAAGUGAUUCUAUCAAGUGUAGAUUUAAAUUACCUUUGAAAAUAAGUUCCCAUUCGAGAAGGCAGAAAAUGAUGCAUCCGGUUAUGACAUCUCCUCUCGAUCUCCGGCCGUCGGGAUUGCUCUCGAUGAGCGUCUCACCUACGCAUAACGCCUCUUUGAACGAAUCAUCGACCCACUCACAGCAGCACUACCAUGCCCAUCAACAUCUGCAGAGCAUGCAGUCGCACCAGAGCCAUCAUCAUAACCAGCAUCAGCAGGCACCGUCGGGACAACGGUCCAGUGGUGCAAGCCGCAACCGGUCGCGCAGUACUUCCAGCUCCGACAAUGGAACACCGUCCAGUGGACAGAAGCCCCAACAGCAGCAGCAGCCCGAUUCGGACAAUGGCACCGAAGCGGGAGAAGGUGCAACGUCGGGUGGUGGUGGCAAAUCCGGCAGCCAUCGAUCGCAAAGUCUAGUGAAGCCACCGUACUCCUACAUCGCCCUGAUCACGAUGGCUAUCUUGCAGUCGCCCCAGAAGAAGCUAACGCUCAGUGGAAUAUGCGAGUUUAUUAUGACACGGUUUCCCUACUACAAAGAAAAGUUCCCCGCCUGGCAGAACUCCAUCCGGCACAAUCUCAGCCUGAACGAUUGCUUCAUCAAGAUCCCGCGCGAACCGGGCAACCCGGGCAAGGGCAACUUCUGGACGCUGGAUCCGCUGGCCGAGGACAUGUUCGACAAUGGGAGCUUUCUGCGACGUCGGAAGCGCUACAAACGCACCACCCUCGCCCAAAGCAUGGCUUUCCCGGGCGUGUUUGCGCCGUUCGCACCGUUCUGGAUACGCAAACCGGUGCCCGUGAUUCCGAUGCAUCAGUUCGCACCGGCGCACGCGGCGGCAGCUGCUGCUGCUGCGUCCGCUUCGGUCGGAGGGUUUGGCGGUGAUGGUGGACCACUGGGAGCAGCACUGGGACCGGGCCGGGCGGGUGAUUUCCUGCUCGAUAGCAAACUGAACCUGUUUGGGACGGUCAAGAUCGAUGAUCUGAACGUGGCGAUGAUGGAGAACAGUGACUUUCUGCAGCGAAACGUGGAUAGUCUGAAGAUUUCGAGUGCAAUGAACAAGUUUUUCCACGGCUACCAUCAGGGACAGAGCGGGAGUAGCAGUGGCGGAGCUGGUGGUGGUGGUCCACUGAUCGAUCUGUACGAAGAUGGACCUCAUCCGGCCAGUCUCGGCGGGAUGGUGCAUCCGUGCAAUGGGGGAUUGAUGCGCGAAGGUAUGUCGUACCCGUACGGAGGGCACAAGCUUGCGGGUAUUAGUUCAUCUCGUAUCGGUGAUCCAGCCGAUCCUCACGCCGAUCGAAGCGGUGACUACGGUGCAGAGGACGAACCGAUCUCGGCCGAUCUCGACCUAUCCAGCGACGAUCGGAUCGAUGUGGAAAGUGAGGACGACUACAAAUCGCCGGCAGAGCGUGGCGCUUCCGGUACGCUCGCUUACCACGAGCUGCUUCUGAACGGGCGCAAAUCAACGCCAAUGGAAGCCCCACCAAACUCUACUUCUUCUCCUUCUCCUCUGCCACCACCACCACCACCACAACCUCCUGUGCCGGCAGCACAUCCGUCGCCCACGAUCGAACCGUCCGGUGAUUACUCCCCCCACUGUAGCCCUUCCCGGAUGGCGCGCGACUCGGACGAUUACUACAUCGAAGAAGACGAACAGUCCGAGAAGGGUAGCAGUAGUAGCGGCAGCAGCAGCGUCGGUGGUUCUCUGGAAGAAUCACAACCACAGUCCGGCAAGGAGCGGCGGCAACAUCAUCACACACACUUCUACACCGAGCUGCAACCGUCCGGUCUGGUGGCUGGUGCGGGAGAACAGCCACUCCACGGGAGAGUUGUUCCCUCGGCCAACGGAACACAUCCAACAGACGCCGGCGCUAGCCCAGGGUAUGGUGAGACGACGAAGCUGUUUGAUGGAACCGAAUCGUCGUUCGCUUCCCGCAAGCGAAAGUACGGCAACACGAAGGGCUUUAGCAUAGAGAACCUCAUCGGCUGCAGCGUGGAGGAUGGAUGAAUGAAUGUAAAACCGAUUGGGCGACGACGAUGACUACCUACCAAAACUACCUACAAGUUCCGAGACCGCGUUACCGGAGACAAAGCCAAAGCCAAAGAAAAUGUCCCACUCCUCCAAUUCCCGGUGCUUCAUCCGUGUAUAAAUAUGUGUGUAUGUGUGUGUGUACAUGUGAGUGUGUGUCUGUAAGAGUGUUUAUGUAAAUAGCUGUGGCGGACGACGUAACUAUCUCGGUUGUAGGACGUGCCGUCGGUUGUUUGUUCGAUAUUUUUUGGUUCUGUGUACGCUGCUGCUAAUAGAUAAUUUUUAGAAUGCCAAGCCAUCCUACACAAGGAAUCAGGAAGGUCGCCAAAUAGUCGAACACGUUUGUAAAUAAUUAUAACA